CCAAAACAUAGCAUGGCCACUCUCGUGAACUAUAUCGCCUGCAACGACGUCGACGCGACCGUCCAAUGGUACUGCGACGUCCUCGGUUUCCAGUCGAACAAAUCGCUGCACUUCCCCGGCCAGUUCGCGCACGUCUACCUCGACGGGCCGGACGCUCGUGCUUCUCGUGCUCAGCUGAUGCUGCGUCGGUAUCCUCACCCCGAGAAGGAGGUCGGGAUCGCCCAGGGGACGAAGCCGUCCUCGAUGCAGUUCUUCUUUGAUAUUACCGAUGAGGCGAAGGGCAAGGAGGCGGUCGACGAGAAGUAUAAGUCGAUCUUGCAGAAGAAGGAAAGCGGGCUCGAGGUCACUCUCAAGGAUGCGCCCAACGACCAGCCGACCCACAGAGCCUUCACAGUCAUCGAUCCCAAUGGUCACGAAAUCUCGUUCUUCGUGUGGACCUGA